CUGAAAUGAAGUACUUGGCGUGUGGAUUACUCUUGCUGGCGGCGCUGCCGGCUCUAAUCAGCGCAUAUCCCAGCACAGUGGUGGUGAAUGGCGUCUGUUUGACUUGUCCCAAUCCAAAUGGUGAUUCGGUGUACAUUGAUGGGCAGGAGUAUCGCAGCUUCUCCAAUGGUAAUGUGAUUGUUAAUCGUCCGGGCUACAGCAAUGGGCGCAGCACUGUUGUGAGGCGUGGCGGUUCGACUGUGGUGAACGGCAAUUGUGAAAUAUGUAAUGUUGAUGUUUGAAAUAUUUGACGGAGCUGUCAAAGCUAUGCGAAAAUAAACUUUAAAAUCCGAA